AUGGGUAGAGAGGACAAUGCAGAUCCAAAAUUGGGUAGUAAAAAAAUGGAAGCUGAUGAAAGUGUGAGGACUGUGAAUUGCUUGAGAGGAAGGCUGCUUGCAGAAAGAUUGGCUUCAAGAAAUGCAAACAUGGAGGCAGAACAAUUAGGAGCCAAGUUAAUGGAGCUUGAAAACCAUCUCAAGCAAGAGGCAAAAUCAAGAAACAGGGCUGAGAAAAAGCUGAGAUUUUUAAUGAAGAAACUCCAAUCCAUGAACAUUUCACAUGUUGCCUCAGAUGAAUCUGAGUACUACUCAGGCUUGGGGGGCAAAAGUGACAUUUCAUCUCCAUCCUCCACAGCCUCUUCUUUAUCAUCCACCCAACAAUCUAAGCAAGAUGGCAAAUCUGAAAAGGGCCCACAAAAUUUGCACCCAAAAAUUUAUGAUGAUAAUAAUAGUUCAACAACUCAAGGUGAUGCAGAUUCUGAAAAAUCAAGUCAUUUGGGCUCUAAUCAAGAUUUCAAUGAUCCAAAGAUGGAUGAGCAGAGUGAUAUAUGCUAUGCUAGUUUCCGAUUUUCGACUAACGAUUGCCUUAAAGAAGAGGAUGAUCAAGAUGAGGUUGAUAAUACAAAGGCUCUAGUAGCCGUUGAUCAAACGCCACAGAAAAAUCCGGCCAUCGAUCCUGAAGUUCUCGACUCGACCGUGAAGCAAGUGUUGGAUGCAUUGAGGCGAGCGCGUGAACAGCUUCAAAGUUCGAUCGAGAAAAGGCGCGUAAACAUGAUUAGGGUUGGUUAG